AAGAAAACAAAGCCAGUUUUUGACUCACUCUAACCGAUGAUGCAUUAAUAAAUCUUGAUGCUCUCAUAUGUCUUUGUAGAUCACAAUAUUAAUUUAUUAAACCCACUUUAAGAUUGAUUAUUUAAUAAUAAUUCUUGCAUAUUCAGAGCCAUCACUCCAUUCAACCUGAGCCUGCUGGUCAUCAUAGAGUACAAUUUUGCAAUUCCACAUUUUUCACUCUUUGCAGACUUUUACUCAUUCAAUUCCUUAGUGAUAACAAAAUCCACCUACAUGUUUUCCAUCUAGAAGAAGAGUAGUUGAGACUUGAGACCCUUCUUUCUUUCUUUAUUAGAUUUCCAAGAAUUUGUUUUGGAUCAUCUGGGCUUUUGUUAUUUGAGCAUUCUCAGCUUUCUUUGCCUGAUUUCUGAUUGUUUACAGUUUGGCAGAUCAGUGUAGCUUACAGGAAGUUCAUAUUCAGAGGAGGAUCAAAUUAGAUGGCUGAACCUGUUUUUGCACAUUCACAAUCUGAUGUCUCAAAUCAUGGCCAAGGUGUUCAAAUUUUGCCAUUUAAGACCUCUAAAGUUUCUUUAAAGGUUUUGUUGUUACAUGGAAAUUUGGAUAUUUGGGUAAAAGAAGCUAAGAACCUUCCUAACAUGGACCUGUUUCAUAAGAAAUUAGGGGACAUGUUUGGCCUGUUACCUGGUAAUUUAAGCGGAAAGCUUGAAGGGAAUGUGUCUCAUAAGAUAACAAGUGAUCCUUAUGUCACAAUUUCUGUGGCUAAUGCUGUGAUUGGUAGAACUUUUGUGAUCAGUAAUAGCGAGAACCCUGUGUGGAUGCAGCAUUUCUAUGUCCCUGUUGCACAUCAUGCUGCAGAAGUGCAAUUUGCUGUUAAAGACAGUGAUGUUGUGGGUUCUCAGAUCAUGGGAGCUGUCGGGAUCCCUAUCGAGCAAUUAUACUCUGGUGCAGUUGUUGAGGGUACUUUUCCAAUCCUCAAUGCAAGUGGGAAGGCAUGUAAACCUGGGGCUGUUUUAACUCUUUCAAUUCAGUAUACCCCUAUGGAAAAGGUACCCCUUUAUCACGGCGGGGUUGGAUCAGGUCCAGAAUAUCAAGGCGUUCCUGGUACUUAUUUCCCUCUAAGGAGAGGUGGAAAGGUUACACUUUAUCAAGAUGCACAUGUCCCAGAUGGUUCCCUUCCAAACUUGAGGCUUGAUCACGGUAAGCAGUAUGUGCAUGGAAGUUGCUGGCGUGAUAUUUUUACUGCUAUAGGUCAGGCUCGUCGUCUUGUUUACAUUACCGGGUGGUCAGUGUAUCAUCUGGUCAGACUUGUUCGUGAUACUGAUGAUAAAGUUGACACCACUUUGGGAUCCCUUCUCAAGACAAAGUCACAGGAAGGCGUCAGAGUGCUGCUUCUUGUAUGGGAUGAUCCUACUUCAAGGAGCAUUUUGGGCUAUAAAACGGAAGGAAUUAUGCAAACCCAUGAUGAGGAAACAAGACGCUUUUUCAAGCAUUCCUCAGUGCAAGUGCUUCUCUGUCCCCGAGCAGCUGGAAAGGGGCAUAGCUGGGCCAAAAAGCAGGAAGUCGGAACAAUCUACACUCAUCAUCAGAAGACAGUUAUUGUUGAUGCUGAUGCGGGAAAUUACAAGAGGAAGAUUGUAGCAUUUGUUGGGGGUCUUGAUUUGUGCAUGGGGCGAUACGAUACACCGCAACACCAUAUAUUUAGAACAUUGCAAACUGUGCACAAAGAUGACUUUCACAAUCCAAAUUACACGGGUCCUGCGGUUGGUUGUCCAAGAGAACCAUGGCAUGAUUUGCACAGUCAAAUUGAUGGUCCAGCAGCUUAUGAUAUACUCACUAACUUUGAGGAAAGAUGGAUGCGGGCUUCAAAGCCUCAUGGGAUUCAGAAAAUAAAAAAAUCGAAUGAUGAUUCGUUACUGAGAAUUGAAAGAAUUCCUGACAUACUGGGAAUCACUGAAGGAUCCAUGAAUGAGGAUGACCCCGAAUGUUGGCAUGCACAGGUUUUCCGUUCAAUAGACUCCAACUCUGUUAAAGGUUUUCCCAAAGAACCAAAAGAAGCUCCCGGAAGGAACCUGGUAUGUGGGAAGAACGUAUUGAUAGACAUGAGUAUACAUACGGCAUAUGUAAAGGCCAUUCGCUCUGCCCAGCAUUUCAUAUAUAUCGAGAAUCAAUAUUUUCUUGGUUCUUCAUAUAACUGGUCCAACUACAAAAACUUGGGUGCAAACAACUUAAUACCUAUGGAAAUCGCUCUCAAAAUUGUGAAUAAAAUUAAAGCAAAUGAGAGAUUUUGCGCAUAUAUUGUAGUCCCUAUGUGGCCAGAGGGUGUCCCUACAAGUACUCCUACUCAGAGGAUUUUAUUUUGGCAGCAUAAUACCAUGCAAAUGAUGUAUGGAGUAAUUUACAAGGCCUUAGUGGAGAUGGGGCUUGAUAAAACAUAUGAGCCUCAGGACUACUUGAAUUUCUUCUGUCUUGGUAAUCGGGAGGCUCAAGAUGCAGGUGUUCCUCAAGCCAAAAACUCAAAUGGCACCAGUACUCCCCAAGCACUCAGUACAAAAAGUCGACGAUUUAUGAUUUAUGUACAUUCAAAAGGCAUGAUAGUGGAUGAUGAGUAUGUAUUACUCGGGUCUGCUAACAUCAACCAGCGUUCCUUAGAAGGCACCAGAGACACUGAGAUUGCGAUGGGUGCAUAUCAGCCUCAUCAUACUUAUGCACGGAAACGUAAGAGUCCACGCGGACAGAUCUAUGGAUACAGAAUGUCACUCUGGGCAGAGCACAUUGGUAUGCUCGAGCAAUGCUUUGAGCAACCAGAAAGCAUCGAUUGUGCAAGACGGGUAAUAUACCUGAGUGAGUUGAACUGGAAACAAUUUGCAGCAGAGGAAGUCACUGAAAUGAAAGGUCAUCUCAUGAAGUACCCUGUGGAAGUGGAUCGAACAGGAAAGGUGAGCCCUCUUCCUGGCUGCGCGACAUUUCCAGAUAUGGGCGGAAACAUUGUGGGCACGUUUGCCGGGCUUCAAGAAAAUCUGACAAUUUAAAUAGCUAAAGCUCCUUGAGGGCAUAAAUUUUCAUUCGAGGCAUCUGUAGUUUUAUUAGUAUAUGGAAUCAUAUCAUUCAAGAUGUGUCGAAUGUAGAUGUUGUCAUCUACUUAAAACACACAACAGUUUUGUCAUUCGAUAAUUUUGGAUAGACUGCUGACAUUUAUUUCUAAAUAAGUUCAGGUUUGUUGCCGUAA